UGGGUAGGGACCAUCCAUGGAGCAGCUGGAACAGUAUAUGAAGACCUGAGGUAUAAGCUCUCGCUAGAGUUCCCCAGUGGCUACCCUUACAAUGCGCCCACGGUGAAGUUCCUCACACCCUGCUACCACCCCAAUGUGGACACCCAGGGUAACAUAUGCCUGGACAUCCUGAAGGACAAGUGGUCUGCCCUGUAUGACGUCAGGACCAUUCUGCUCUCCAUCCAGAGCCUGCGAAGAGAACCCAACAUUGAUAGUCCCUUGAACACCCAUGCUGCCGAGCUCUGGAAAAACCCCACAGCUUUUAAGAAGUACCUCCAAGAAACCUACUCAAAGCAGGUCACCAGCCAGGAGCCCUGACCCAGGCUGCCCAGCCUGUCCUUGUGUCAUCUUUUUCAUUUUUCCUUAGAUGGUCUGUCCUUUUUGUGAUUUCUGUAUAGGACUCUAUCUUGAGCUGUGGUAUUAUUUUUGUUUUGUUUUGUCUUUUAAAUUAAGCCUCGGUUGAGCCCUUGUGAUGUAUAUUAAAUAAAUGCAUUUUGGUCAUUUAAAAAAAAAAAAAAAAAAAAAAAG